UGCUGAAGUGAGUCAAGUGAUGAAAUCAAGACAGCAUGGGAAGGAAGCUCGACCAAAUAGCUCACGAACCUAAGUGGUGACAGACGUUGCUGAACCCUGCUCGUGGAAACCUUACAAGCCAACGGUUACUGCCGUCAUGAGGUGGUCCUCGGAGGCAAGGGGCCCCCGGAUCUCUGGACAGCGCACCCCUUCAUUUUGGCGAAACGUAAAGGAAGUGUGUGUGAGGGAAAUUCAGACCUCUGGUUCCCUAAAGACCCAGAUUGUCUUCUGAUUACAAGGUGAUCCCUGCCACCAGGUCAGCGCAGGACUCCUCUGUGUAAGACGGGCUGAGGCUUGCCUCUUUCGGAGAACUAGCCUUGCCUCUCGCGGAGAACCAGACUCCCCUCGCGCGGAGAGAGGAGCCGCGGGGUGGCCGCUUUCAGCAGGGACCGCGCCCCCGCCCCGCGCGUGGUCCUCGAUCCUCACCUGGAGCGCUCAGGUAUUACAAUUUAAGGAGAACUUCCUGCCAGCAAAUCUAUGAUAAAAAAUAUACAUAACAGAGGAAACUAUAACUGUUAUUUGUCCAGUGACAAGUUUUUAAUGUCAGAAUGGCUCACCUAAAGCGACUAGUAAAAUUACACCUCAAAAGACAUUACCAUAAAAAGUUCUGGAAGCUUGGUGCAGUAGUUUUUUUCUUUAUAAUAUUUUUGAUUUUAAUGCAAAGAGAAGUAAGUGUUCAAUAUUCCAAAGAGGAAUCAAGGAUGGAAAGAAAUAUGAAAAAUAAAAACAAGAUGCUUGAUUUAAUGCUAGAAGCUGUAAACAAUAUUAAAGAUGCAAUGCCAAAAAUGCAAAUAGGAGCACCGGUCAGGCAAAACAUUGAUGCUGGUGAGAGACCCUGUUUGCAAGGAUAUUAUACAGCAGCAGAAUUGAAACCCGUUCUUGACCGCCCACCUCAGGAUUCUAAUGCACCUGGUGCUUCUGGAAAAGCGUUCAAGACAACCAAUUUAAGUGUUGAAGAGCAGAAGGAAAAAGAACGUGGAGAAGCAAAACACUGUUUUAACGCUUUUGCAAGUGACAGGAUUUCUUUACACCGAGAUCUUGGACCAGACACUCGACCUCCUGAAUGUAUUGAACAAAAAUUUAAGCGCUGUCCUCCCCUGCCUACCACUAGUGUCAUAAUAGUUUUUCAUAAUGAGGCAUGGUCCACGCUGCUUAGAACUGUCCACAGUGUGCUCUAUUCAUCACCUGCCAUUCUGCUGAAGGAAAUCAUUUUGGUGGAUGAUGCUAGUGUAGAUGAGUACUUACAUGAUAAACUAGAAGAAUAUAUAAAACAAUUUUCUAUAGUAAAAAUAGUCAGACAAAGAGAGAGAAAAGGUCUGAUCACUGCAAGGUUGCUAGGAGCAACAGUAGCAACAGCUGAAACGCUCACAUUUUUAGAUGCUCACUGUGAGUGUUUCUAUGGUUGGUUAGAACCUUUGCUGGCCAGAAUAGCUGAGAACUACACUGCUGUCGUGAGCCCAGAUAUUGCAUCUAUAGAUCUGAACACAUUUGAAUUCAACAAACCUUCUCCUUAUGGAAGUAACCACAACCGUGGGAAUUUUGACUGGAGCCUUUCUUUUGGCUGGGAAUCACUUCCCGAUCAUGAGAAGCAAAGAAGGAAGGAUGAAACUUACCCUAUCAAAACACCCACUUUUGCAGGAGGCCUUUUUUCCAUAUCAAAAGACUAUUUUGAAUAUAUUGGAACUUAUGAUGAAGAAAUGGAAAUUUGGGGAGGUGAAAAUAUAGAAAUGUCUUUCAGAGUGUGGCAAUGUGGUGGGCAGUUGGAGAUUAUGCCUUGCUCUGUUGUUGGACAUGUUUUUCGCAGCAAAAGCCCUCAUACCUUUCCAAAAGGCACUCAGGUGAUUGCUCGCAACCAAGUUCGCCUUGCAGAAGUCUGGAUGGAUGAAUACAAGGAAAUAUUUUACAGGAGAAACACAGACGCAGCAAAAAUUGUUAAACAAAAAUCAUUUGGUGAUCUUUCAAAAAGAUUUGAAAUAAAGCGCCGCCUUCAGUGUAAAAAUUUUACAUGGUAUCUAAACAAUAUUUAUCCAGAAGCAUAUGUGCCAGACCUUAAUCCUGUUAUAUCUGGAUAUAUUAAAAGCGUGGGUCAGCCUCUAUGUUUGGAUGUUGGAGAAAAUAAUCAAGGAGGCAAACCAUUAAUUUUGUAUACGUGUCAUGGACUUGGGGGAAACCAGUACUUUGAAUACUCUGUUCAACAUGAAAUUCGGCAUAACAUCCAGAAGGAAUUGUGUCUUCAUGCUGCUCAAGGUGUUGUUCAGCUGAAGACAUGUGCCUACAAAGGUCACAAGACAGUUGCCACUGGAGAACAGAUAUGGGAGAUCCAGAAGGACCAACUUCUAUAUAAUCCAUUCUUUAAAAUGUGCCUUUCAGCAAGUGGAGAGCAUCCAAGCUUAGUAUCAUGCAAUCCAUCAGAUCCACUCCAAAAAUGGAUUUUUAGCCAAAAUGAUUAAGUGUUCCUUAAAAUUAAGGAGUUGAAAAAGGAGAUAUUCUUUCUCAUAAAACUGUGACUAGGCAUACACUGUAGUUUUUGAAAAUUAUGCAAAAACAGCUAAUUGUAACUUAUUCCAAGUGCAUUUUUCUUAUUUAUAUCUUAAAAUGUCUCUGUAGCACUGCUACAGAAAUCCCUUAAGUUUCCAUUUCAAAGCACAAUAACUAGUAAUACCAAAGACUAUUUUGAAAUGUCCAGAUAUAGAGGAAAAUGUUUACAGUAUGAUGAAAAUAAUUUUCCAAGUAAAGUGAUGUUUGUGUGUUUUGUAUGCUUGAUAAUAUGCAUAGCUACAUUUACACACUCACAAUUUAAAAUAUUUCUUCUAGUUUUUUGGGGGAAGGGAAAAAGAUUUGAUACUGUAUUUUUUUAACCACAUAGAAAUGGAUCAAUGAAGGUCAAAUUUUGGCCUUUGUGUAAAACCAGGAAAUUUUUUUAUAGAUCUAGAAUUUAUUAUAUAAAAAUGCAGGUAGUUUUUUGUUUUUUGGUUUUUUUUUUUUCAUUUUGUCCACUUAUCUGUCAAAUAUUUCCUUAAACAUGAAAUUAAAUGAAUAGGGAGAAGACUAUUUUUAACACUUCAAUUUCUUGGCAAAUUUAAAAAUAUUUUUUAGUCUGAAAUCCACUUGACUUGAAGCACUUAAGUCUUCAAGACUUUUCUUAAGUAACUACACUAUGUGUUUUCCCAAGGCAAUUAAAAGACCCCCAAAUCUCUAACUUGCUAUCUGUUAAAAAGGUGUCUUUUCCCUUUCUGCUAGUCUUUACUUCUUACCAAAAUUCACCAAUCUUGAAUGUUUAUGAAAUUGAAUUUCAAAUGCAGAAUACUUGACACAUUUAAAGCUAAAUUUUGUUACUGAUUCAAUUAUAGACUGUCUUUGUAAUGAAUUUUUUCACCAAAAACUCUUAUUUCUAUCCAUGGAAAACACAAUAAAACAAAUGCUUAUCACUAUUGUAA